AUGUGGUUCAAAGCAGUCCUCCUGGUGUCCUGCGUGAUCGCGUGCACACUAGCCGAGAACGCGUCUAAAAGUACACCGGUGUCUGUCGGAGAAUUCGUCACGUCUCACAAACUACCAGAGAGCAUCGCGAGACCGUCGGACUUCGACGAAGAGGACGACGACGUCGUCGAUGUAGAAAGGAAAACUGCCUCCAAGGAUGGGAAACACGCGAAGAAGGUUAUCCCGAAGUUGGAAACUUUUGAUAAAAAGCAAGCCAAUCUCGACCCGGUUAGGCGUUUCGAUUUCAUCGACGAAGAUAAAGCGGACACUACGAAACGACAGGUUCGCGUCGAGUUGGAGAACUUCAGCGACACCGGGGUGCUUCAAGAGGAUGGAAUUCGAAGAACAGAUACGCACAGAUCUCGCCUCGAUGGCCAGAGGGACUCUGUGAUUCCUGGAGUGCGCGUCAGCGACGAAUAUCCAACCACUAUGAUGCCUGUUCUGACUACGCCAAGAGAGGCGCGUGCCUUCGACUUUGUUCCCGUCAACAUUAUCCGCGACGAUGGCAAAGAGACGUCCUUUCGCGAGAGAAAUUUCGGCGACUUCAGCGACGUCAGUUUAGUUCCCGCUGGCACCAAUUCGCGUAUCCAGGUAAAAAAGGGACCAAACGGAAAGGACUACGAAUACGAGUACGUAUAUUAUUACUAUGACGAGGAGGAUGAGAAUAAGGCGGGUACCGCGGACUCGGCCGUCACCAAUUCUUACGACGUUCCUUCUAGAACCACGCCCGCGCCUAGGCGCGGCGGCUCCUCCACCAACAGAAACAAGUACAGUAGCGCGGAGAGGUCUAGCACGGUUGAACCUGCCAGCAACGAAGUGAUUCCCAACAGGAAUGGCAACAACAGAAGCAGACAGCUGAUCGAAGCUGAAGACGUGUCCGAGGAGAGACUGCCGACCAAUACUAGAUUCCCUCCAAGAUCGAGAUCUAAUCACAAUACGGGGACCACGGAAUCGACCAGAACUCGUGGAAAUCGUCCCAGACCCGGAUUAGAUCUAGUCGAUUCGAGCAGCUUCCGCACGCACCAAGAGGGCCCGGAAUUCCCUCAAGUCUUACCUAAGGGACCAGUUCGAUUUCUCGGGGUCACUCCAAACGAGGAGAACGGCGGAGGCGGCGCCGCCGGUGAAGAGAAACCGGCAACCAGAGGACGAGGGAGACCCCAAAGAGUCCAAGAACCAGCUCCGGUGGAAGAAAUCAUCGAGGACGUGCCUGCUCCUACCACAAGGAGGAGGCCAUCGGUCACCACACUCCCUACCGAAGACGAAGUCGAACCUACCAGAGGGCAAUUAUCGCGAGCCACCGAGGAAAAGGAAGACGAAAAGGGAGAAACGUCUCCGGUAUUAGAGAAACAAGUGUCUUCGGAGAAUAAGCAAGAGAACGAAGAGCAGGACUAUUCUUCGGCGAGUACCGCUUCCUCGGCAGGCACUGAAAGUCCUACAACAGAGUAUCCAUCCUCGAUGGACAAAGUUGCUCUAGAUCUGUAUGCUUUCGUGCAACAAGGUCAGAAUAAUUUGGUGGAUGCCAGCAGCAGCGAGGCUACAGACACUUCUUCCUAUGGAACUACACUCUCGAACGACGAAAGUACCACUGAUUUCACUGCUGUGACGGAAUUGUCCGCGACUACGCUCGCUACUGAACCCACGACAACUACUAUCCCGACGUCUGUGACAGAAUUAACCACAACUACUACUACGCCCGCUACUACUACUACCCCUACUACUACCACGACUACUACCACCGAACCUCCUACCACUACAACCACUCAGGCACCCGCUGGAAGAGGCAAGUUCAGGAGACCAGGUAUCGGUGGAGGAGCUGGAGGUUCACGAAACAGAUACAAGUCGAACGGAAGUGGAAGCACGACGACUACAGAAUCUCCAGCAGAACCAACCCAACGUACUCGAGGACGCUUUGGUAGCAACGGAUCUAACGGAGGAGGUUUCAAGAGGAAUCGACCUGGACAUAAACAAUCUACCGUGGAAGAGGACGCGGUGCAAAAGGAGAGCUCUAGCGCGGUUCAAGCGGAAAGACCCUCGUCGGGAACACGCAACAGAUUCCGUGGUACAGGAGGUACGAGAUCGGUCUCUACGACCACGUCUGCUCCUUCUAACGGAGGUUCGACCGCGUCUUCCAAUGGACCAUCGGGAAUAUCGAGACCGUCCUUCAACAAACUGAACAUCAAUCGACGACGAGGAGGAAGACCAUCGACCACUACACCGAAUGCUAGCGAAGAGAGCCAAGAGUCCACCAAGGAAACCGCACAGGAAGCCGUUACUGCGGCACCAAAGUCGACCGUUCGUUCGAGGCUUCCGGCAACAGGAGCUAGACCGGUCAUCAAACCCGGUGCUCGUGUAAAUCUCAGACCGAAACCGGGUCAAUCGACUACCACUACAACCACCACGCCUAUCCCUGCAGAGAAUUCGGAAGAAUCGUCUAUAGACGAGCCAGCUGGAGAGGGAACCGAAGAGGAGACUCACGAGGCGCCUGCAGAGACAAGUCCACCACCGAGUAAAUCCACCACUGUCAAUCCUCUGAACAAACUACGCAAUCGAAACAGACUGCAGGUGCAUCCUAAAACUACAACCAGGUCACCUGUGCCUCUGGCGUCCAGAAGGUCGCCUUUAUUGCCUCGACGAAAGGUAACCGAGGCACCAGUUCCGCAGGCUAGCCAGGAAGAGGUGUCCGAGGAACCGGACGCGUCCAGCGAGACGGAAACUACCGAGGCCACUUCCGCUGAGACUAGCACAGCCGCUAGCACGAAACACGAAGAAACUAGAGGACUGGGAGGACUCCUAGCACCUAGACGUAGGAUAACGCCUCGACGUCCUGGACAAAUUAUCUCUCGGGAAUAA